GAAGUUGUCCAAACCUGUUUCACCAGUGAAGGCGAGCAUCACGACACUAUAAAAAAAAGGGCAGCCCGGUGCACUUAGCUCCCGCUAUGCGCGGGGUCCGGGGAAGGGCUGCGCCACAAGCGUCUAUUGCCUUACUCGAGAUUUCUGCAAGAGGCAUCACACACUAAAAGUAGAUAAUGCACCAUAAGAAAAUUUACAAAAAGUACCAACACUAAAAGUAUAUGCAAUUAUCGAUUGAGACUUUCAGUCUUCGGUCAGUUUGGACAGACAAAUACUUAAAGUUUCCACCAAGUUCUUGGACGAACACCUCAAGCAAGCUUCAAAGGUUCCACACUAUUUGGUCCCAUAACCUUAGCUAAAUGGUUUAGCUACUCAUAUUCAUUAAAUGAAAAACAAAGAUAAACAAAGUAUUCAUAUCAUUUUGUACACUCGGAGAGAUUGCCAUUUUUAGAACAAGCACUAAUUAAAGUCAAUACGAGUGAUCCAGAUGUUAUUUCUGCCAUCAUUAGUCGCUUCUCUAACAUAUCAAAGCUGAAAGCAGAAAGUCCUUAUCACAAGAUGAAGAUUAUUGAACAUUGCUUCUCUCGGAGAACAUGCGAAGAAAUCAUAUCUUCUCUUGAAAAUUAUGAGGCUUUGAACAAGAAGGAUGAGUACUGGAUCUCUUCAACCAUCCAAUCGCUGAAGAAAGCAUCCCCGACAAGUCUAAAGAUUUCAUUGAGAUCAAUAAGAGAGGGGAGGUUGCAAGGUGUUGGUAGUUGCCUUAUUCGAGAGUAUAGGAUGGCUUGUCAUGUGUUUAGGGGAGAAUUCAGCAAAGAUUUUUUCGAGGGAUGCAGAGCCAUACUCAUCGAUAAGGAUAGAAAUCCUAAGUGGGAGCCCUCCAGACCGGAACUAAUUACAGAUGAUCAUGUUGAUCGUUACUUCUCCAAGAUAGAUGAUGAAGAUUGGCAAGACCUAAAGCUGCCUCCAAGAUCAAACUUACCUCCAUAUGCAAUUGCCAAACUUUAAAAUUCACUUCUCUACAGCCUGUUGUCUCUAAUCACUACAUCAUUUUAAAACUUUUAUUUUUAUUGGGAAGUGUUACACCAAAUAAAUGGACAUCACUCAAUUUUAUGAAAUGCCAAAAAUCAAGCCUAAGGAAAGGUACAUUGCUAUACAAUACUUGUCAGAGUUGUGUAUACAGAUAUGCACAUCAUUUG